AUGAGUAAAUGAACUCACACUCGGGCUACUACCCCCCCUACCACACCUCCAAACUCCCCGAACCAUCCAUACAUCCAAACUAACCUGUUACCCCUUCUCAAACACAGUCCUCCAAACAACCAUAAACUACAACCCCGACCGCACAGGCUUAAACCAAUCCACCGAAGUCGAAGGCAUCUACCCGUCCUGGCGAGAAGCAUACGAAGCCGCCCACACGACACUUCUCGACGCGGAUGUGACCAAGGAGUCCUUUGGGGAGUACGAUGAGAAGGAGGGCUUUGAGGGCGAGUGGCCGUAUGGUGAGGAUGUGUGUGGUGCAUGCGGUUAGUCAGAUGGGGGAGAAACUUUUGGUGGUGGUUAAGGCGUCGCCGGGGGGUUGUGGGUAUCUUGGGGUGAGGAUGUGAGGUGGUUUUUGGGAUGGGGAUGGGAAUGGGAAGGGGAAAUGUUG